AUGACCAGCGUAGUAGCGCAACAGCCUCAACACGAGCCCAGCUCCUCCGAGCCCUUUGUUUCCAAGUGGGCAUCGAGGUAUCGCGGGGCCACAGUCGAAGACCUCGACCCCCCCGCGGCCCUCUCCCUCACCCCCUCCGACACCAUCUCCACCGCCCUGCAAUCCGCCUUCGAGCGCGACUACACCCACCUCACCAUCACCGACAGCUCGACGCGCGCACUGCUCGGCUACCUCUCCAUCCCGCACCUGCAAGCGCUGCUCCAAGCCGGGCGCGUGCGGCCUGAGGACGAGGUGCGCGCCGCCAUGAUCAGGUUCCGUCGUCGCGGGGCUAAGUACAAGGUUAUUACGAUGGAGACGCCGUUGGAGGAGCUGGAGGCGUUUUUUGAGGGCCGCGAGACAGGUGGGCAGAAGCAGGAUUUUGCGGUUAUUACGGAUGCGGGAAGACGGUUUGUGUUGGGGGUUGCGACGAGGGCGGAUUUGGAGGAAUUUGUGAAGAGGAGGCCGGCGUGA